AUGAAUCCUGAUCCCGCCUUCGCCAGCUGUCGCGUGCCGCAGGAAAGCGACGACGCGAACAACAAUGACGACGCCGAGGACGACGACGAAGCGGAGCAGGACACGCGGGGAAGAGACGGCGCAGGGGGGAGCAACAGCAGGGGCGAGAGGGAGAUGGGCGCGCGGAAACAGCAGGGAGGGGGGGAGGGAAGGGGGCAUGGGGAAGAAGCGGAGGGCGGCGGGGGAGGGUCGGCGGAGUGGAGCAGCGCGAGCGAGUGUAGCAGCGAGUGCAGUGACGGCGACGGCAGCGUCGCCAUCCAGUUCUCCGACUCCGACGACGACCCCGACCCGGGGGACGACGACGCGCAGUGCGCGCCGUGGCGGGGCGCGGAUAGCGCGCAGGCCGGGCGCGGAGGGGAGGUGCCGUGGUGGCAGUGGGGGAGCAGCGGAAAUGGCAGGUUCGGGGGAGGCGCGCCAGGGCGGGGGAAGGCGGGGGCUGGGAGGGGAAGGGGGAGAGGCGCGGGAGGGGUGGGCGGAAGUUGGGGCGCGGUCAUGGGGGGACCGGGGAAGCCCGCGGUUCCUCCGCCUCGCCUCGUGGGGUCGGGCAAGCGCGCGUGGAUCCGCAUCGUGGAGAACGAGUACCUGCACCGCCGCCCCAAGCUGCAGCGCACCGACGAGGUGAGCGGGGGAGGGGGCGCGCGGGUGGAGGGGGAGGGUGGAGGCGGAGGAGAGGAGAGGUUCUAG